AUGGCAUCAAUUACGCCACCCUUCACAUUCGAAACAGCAACAAGCAAAGUCAAAGCUGCUCAAAAUUUGUGGAACACUCAAAACCCAGAGGCAAUUGCCAAAGCCUAUACAGCUGAGAGCAUCUGGCGUAACCGCACCUCAUUCCUCAGAGGUACCGAUGACAUUGUGAAAUUCCUCACAGCCAAAUGGAAAAAAGAGAAAUCCUAUAAAUUGCGAAAGGAGCUUUUCUCGUUUACCGAUAAUCGGAUUGCAGUGCAAUUCUGGUAUGAGUACCAGGAUUCGGAGAAUGGAGACAAGUGGACGCGAUGCUACGGGUUGGAGGAUUGGACUUUCGACAAGGAUGGCAAAAUGGAAAAGAGGAUGAUGUCUGGAAAUGACCUUAUCCUGGGUCCCAAUGGAGAUGGGACUGGGCGAUGGUUUGUGGAUGGUGUUGAUGUAAAUGACGUUAAGAUUGGCCCUGAACAUUGGUGA